UUCCAUUUCUCCCUCCCUCCGGCUUGUCCUCCGGUCGUAGUUGCCACCGCAGCGGCUGCUGCCCAGUGCGGUUCUGGUGGGUCAGUUGGUUGUCUCUUAACGUUGCUGUCUGCGCCGUUGAAUUGCCCACCAUGGCUGAGCUAGAUCCAUUCGGCGCCCCCGCCGGCGCUCCUGGAGGCCCCGCGCUGGGGAAUGGAGUGGCCGGCGCCGGUGAGGAAGACCCUGCCGCGGCCUUCCUGGCGCAGCAGGAGAGCGAAAUCGCGGGCAUCGAGAACGACGAGGCCUUCGCCAUCCUGGACGGCGGCGCCCCUGGGCCUCAGCCGCACGGCGAGCCGCCGGGAGGUGCGGAUGCUGUUGAUGGAGUGAUGAAUGGCGAAUACUACCAGGAGAGUAAUGGUCCGACAGACAGUUAUGCAGCUAUUUCACAAGUGGACCGAUUACAGUCAGAGCCUGAAAGUAUUCGUAAAUGGAGAGAAGAGCAAAGCGAACGCUUGGAAGCCCUUGAUGCCAAUUCUCGAAAGCAAGAAGCAGAGUGGAAAGAAAAAGCAAUAAAGGAGCUAGAAGAGUGGUAUGCGAGACAAGACGAGCAGCUACAGAAAACAAAAGCAAACAACAGGGCAGCAGAAGAAGCCUUUGUAAACGACAUUGAUGAAUCGUCCCCAGGCACUGAAUGGGAGCGGGUGGCCCGCCUGUGUGACUUUAACCCCAAGUCCAGCAAACAGGCCAAAGACGUCUCCCGCAUGCGCUCAGUGCUCAUCUCCCUCAAGCAGGCCCCCCUGGUGCACUGAAGAGCCACCCUGGUGAAACACUACAUCUGCAAUAUCUUAAUCCUGCUCAGUGAGGCUGUUCACAGUAAUUGGAUUAAUUAUGUUGAGUUCUUUUGGACCAAACCUUUUGUCUUUAGAGUUGAUCAUUGUUUGUGAUUGCAUGUUUCCUUCAAUUGUGUUCUCCCUGGCAUUCAGCAAGGAGGGGAGAGGAGGAAGAGGAGGAGGGACACUCCCACCAGUAGCCUCAACCUGUGCUUUUGUGCAUUAUUCUGAGAAUAAAUUUCUGUUUCAAACAUUA